AUGCGAGUCGUCGAAGAGUCCAUCAUCGAGCGCUGGCUGAAGCGUUCAACGGCAGGCCAGCACGCCACCGCCCCUCCUAAAGUCUGGGGCGCCGCCUACCGCGUCCCCGCCCCCCGCGUCGCUGAAGUGAAAGAGUACCUCGACAUCCGCGAGAUUAACGGCUACAGCAUCCAAUACACCCCCUUCAACCAGGACAUGUCCGCUACCUAUCAGACCAUCCACGCGGCACCGGACAGCGAUGCCAAUUUACCAGACCAGAUCAAAUGUCUGGUGUACAUCGGUCUGCCGGACAAUCCGCAGUUUCUGGGGGUCCAGGAGCCGCAAGCGUUGGCGGAGCAUAUUGUGCAGAGUCGAGGGCCGAGUGGGGAGAAUGUGGAGUAUUUGUUCAUGUUGGAGGAGGGGCUGGAGGGGUUGAGUAGGUGA